AUGGCCGUCUCACUGCUCAGGAGAUUCUUAAUACCGUCCGCCCGGAUACCAAUCUCAAUAUCCGCCCCAAAAGCAGCCUCAACGCCCUCUUUGACACGCCAAUUCUCUUCAACGCCCACACCCUUCGCAACAUACAACCAAGUCCUAAAAGGCUGCCGCAAACAGCAACGCGCCCGCCACGCCGUCUCUCCCGCGCUCCGCGACGUCCUAGCCCCAGAACUCAAAGGCGUCUGCGUCAAAGUUGGGACCACCAAACCCAAGAAACCCAAUUCCGCGGAAAGAAAAGUGGCGAGAGUGAGACUGAGUACGGGCAGAGUGGUUACUGCGUACAUACCCGGGGAGGGCCAUAAUGUGCAGCAGCAUAGUGUUGUGCUGGUUAGGGGGGGAAGGAGUCAGGAUUGUCCCGGUGUGAGGUAUCAUUUGGUUAGGGGGGCGAUGGAUUUGGGUGGUGUGGGGAAUAGAGCGACGAGCCGGAGCAAGUAUGGGACGAAGAAGCCGAAGAAGGCUGCUGCAUGA